CGAGCGAAGGAAGCGAUGGCGCACAUCAUCCGUGUCAAGGGCAGGGACCGACUUGACCUGAGUUCCCAGUCGCCGUUCGCCAAGGACCGCACGGCGCCCUCGCUGGGAUUGCUACCAUGGCAACAAAGAAACCGAAUCAUCUCAGCUGAUACGAAGCCCAAGUUUGGAACGCCCGGUUACCCCUCGCCUCUCGACCGUGUCAGAAACCAACAGAAUUCACCACCUGAUGGAAAUGCCAGUUUUUCUCACAUGCCCCGUCGGCGCCUUGCAAAGUCUGGGUUGCACCAUGCAACCUCUGCUCCACGUUUAAAUGUAAUACCAGGCAAUGGUCUCCAUAGCUUCAGCUUCUCUCCGGGGCUAUCCAAAGGAUCAUUUGGUACCUCCCAGAGUGCCCCUAGCGGCCAGUGGCUCUUCCGUAACUUUGUGGGUGGUGGGAGCUGUGGCACUGUCUUCCCAACCACAAUUGUUAACCCAAACAAGGCUGUACUUACAAUUGAUUCCUCCUCUAAGAUCCUGACAGCAAAUGAUAUGUCCUCAUUGCUCCUUGGCCACCCAGAGGAUGAGCUGUGCGGCACCAUGAAACUGACGGACUUCAUUACCAAUCCCGAAACGCAGAAAGCACUCAGCUCCCUUGCAAGUUUGAGCCCCAUGUCGGAGGGCAUCUGCAUGGAGAAUUCCCUUCACACACUGCCAGAGCCUGACAUAUUAGACAAUCAAGGAAUGGUGCUCUUUAGUGGGAAAGUUGUGGAUGUAGAUACAUACGACAAUGGCACUCUCCCAUGUUCCUUAUGGCUGAAAGGACUCCCUCAGGAGACAGAUGAAGACCAGAGAUGGAUUGCUGUCCUAGAACCUGUAGACAUUACUGUUGCAAAGGCAUCGGUUGAUGAAACAGGCCGUAUUUUGAAGCAUGACUCUUCGUUCAGCGCUCUCUUUGGGUAUGCAGAUAACAGCGAGCUCACCAAACUCAAUAUUUGUGAUCUUAUACCUGCUCUCCAGGUGCCCACUAGUCCUCAUGACAUGCCUAAGGAUGUGGAGAAGCAGCAGUGUACGGGACAGACAGUGGACUGUGCUACGUUCCCCCUUUGUGCGCACUUCACAGUCAAUAACACCCACAAUGAUUACACCCUAAGAAAACAUGUCUUUGAUCUAGAAAUAUGGGUGUUCUCUAACAUCAGUGGACUGGUGGUUUUGGAUGCUGCAGGGAAAAUCAGUGAUUACAACUAUAAUUUCACGAGACUCUUAUUUGGCUAUGGCAAGAGAGAACUUGAGGGAGAGGAUAUAACUCACCUUAUACCAACCUUCUUCGAUGAUGUUGCAUUGAUUCAAAAAAUGAAUAGCCCGUCCUUUGACUCAGAUGACUCAGAUUCAACUCUUAGUGACAAUGAAACUGAAAAUCAGAAGGAAAAUAAAGAGAGAACCAAUGGACCUCUAUUCACUAAAAGUAAACAGAAUGAAGCAACAACGACACUGAUGUCUGAGCCAUCAUCAAUAUCUACCCCAAACCGUGGAUUUGUUGCUUCAGAAAGUAAGCUUCAGGGAUCACUCUACGGAUCUACUUUCAACUCCACUUCCAACGUCACAAGCACAGGGGACAGCAGCCAAAAUUCGUCUCAGAACAACAAAGCCAUGAGAGACAUCACCAACUCCAUGAAUAUUCUCAGCAUUAGUCAGCAGAAUGUUUCAAAUCAGACGAACAACUCAGGCUUACAAGGAAGUCCCAGCAAAACAAGGCCAGUAAAAGACAGAGAGAAUGCAUCUGACGAAAGUCUUCCCAAGGUACAAAUAGAGGUAUGUCCAGAUCUUCCCCAGGACAUUCUUCCUGAGGACAUGGUCACCUCUACACCUGCUGUGGGUCGGAUGAGAGGCCACAGCCAAGUUCACACCAUUGAAGAAGGCAGUUUCUUUGGGGUUGGAAAGCACAAGGAUGGAUCUGAUCUUGUAAUCAUCUAUCAGAUUCGUCGAGUGGAGUUAAACGGAGUGAAUCACUACUGCGUGUGGAUUUUGAGAGACCCAGAAGAACCUGGGGAGGGCCUUCGAUCCAACACAAACUUUACCUUAGCUUCAACUUUCAACGAGACAGCAGAAUAUUCUUUAGGUCAUGCCAUCAAAAACGAGGCUCAAAAGUCAGAAAUUGACCUUGAGGAUGAUUCUGACACAUCAUCUGAUGACGAAGGUGCUGACCACAGUCAGACAAGCACAGAUGGCAGCUCAGGAGCAGAAUAUUCGCUCAACCACUCACGGCGAGGCAACCGGGAGUCAUCAUCAGCUUGUCCGGAGGAGGGUGAGGAUCUACUUCUAGCAGGAGAUUAUAGCAAUCACUACUCAGUCUUGCGUCAAAUAGGAAAGGGGGCAUUUGGCUGUGUAAAGAUGAGCUACCGAAACUCUGAUGGACUUAUGGUUGUAACCAAAUUCAUCAAGAAGAGCAAAGUUUAUCAGGACAGCUGGGUGGAUGAUCUCCUCCUCCGAAAAAGGGUUCCUCUAGAAGUGUCACUGCUCAUGACUCUUGACCAUCCAAACAUUGUAAGUUUCAGGAAGUAUAGUGGCUAUGAAUUAGAGGUCUGGUCACUGGGAGUGACCCUCUAUACUCUCAUGUAUGGAGAGAACCCAUUCUAUGAUGUAGAUGAAACCAUCAAGGCAGAGCUUACCUUCCCUGUUAGACAUUCUCUUGUUUUGAAGUGGCUCUACAAGUAUAGUGGCUAUGAAUUAGAGGUCUGGUCACUGGGAGUGACCCUCUAUACUCUCAUGUAUGGAGAGAACCCAUUCUAUGAUGUAGAUGAAACCAUCAAGGCAGAGCUUACCUUCCCUGUUAGACAUUCUCUUGAAUUGACGGCCCUUCUCAAUGGAAUGUUGCAAAAGGAUCCCAAAGCUCGCAUGACUUUAGAAGAAGUGGAGGCGCACCAGUGGACCCAGCUUGAGUGUGACAUUGAUGAUUAUGUGUUUGAGGAAAUUAUAAGAUGUUCUCAAGAGGAAGCCAACCCAAGACAAUUCAUCACAGAGUACAGUGAGAGUGACAGCUCAAUAUCCACUGCUUCAAACAGCUUUGUGUAUGAGAAUGCCAUACAGUCUACACGACGAUCACUCUCCUUCACUCCUCAGGGGACCAAGAAUGAUAAUGAUCAUAUACGCAUGCAGCGGUCAGCCACAUCCCUGAGUUCUUCACGAAUAGGAAAUGAGGUUGAUGAUGAUGAGUCCAUAUAUGAUCAGUCAGCAUCAGUUGGAGCAUCUAGAACUUCCACUUCACAGUCAAUGUCUUCAGUCAGAAGUACAAUAACCAUCGAUUCGUCCUCGUUCUCCUGUUGUUCUCCAGCCUCGGACUCUGGUGACAGUAGUGAGACUCAACUGCAGUCGUCACAGUCCUCCUCCUCAGGAGGUCUGUAGCAGAGCUUCCUGGCUGGGUUAGAGAGUUACCUAUUACGAUAACGUGAGCAGCUGCACUCUCUCUGGCCGCAGUUCCGAGGGCAGCAUCAACCUGGAGAAGACACUAGCUAGGUACUACAGGCUAAGCAACCCCAAAGAUGACAAUGGCUCUGAUUACGAGAAUGUAAACAAAAAUGGCGAUUCCGAGUAUGAAAACGUGAACGAGGAUGGUGAUUCCGAGUACGAAAAUGCCAAAGAUUUUGAUGACUCUGAUAGCGAGAGCAUCAGAGAGUUCUUCUACCCUAGUGUCCCCCUAGAGCAUAGAAAUAGCGAUUUGGAAAAGCAGCCACGCGGUAUCCAGCAAUUACCAGAGAACAAUAGAGUGGGUAAUUUUAGGCCACAUAACCUAGCCCUGCCAGAGCUCCAGUCGUCAUGCUACACGGCAGAUUGUGAGUGCUCAGACUCAGAAUCCAGUAUCUCACAAUGGCAGGAUGACGACGACGAGGAGGAUUUUAGGUAUAUGAAUUCUGACCUGCCCGAUUGCGACAACCCGUUUUGGCACGAGGGGAACUACACCUCGCCCGAAAGCGAUGACCCCUUUUGGGACGGGAACACCAAUGCUUGUGCGUCUGACAGGGAGCUUCAUCAGCGUGGCAGAGAAUCGGAUAGUCUCUAAUUCUGGAACAGGAUGUCAUAAAGGAAAAGAGGGGGAGCAGAGAAAAAAAAAGAAAAAAGAAAAUAAAUACCCUCAGGUAUCCAAUAUCUCUGUGAAUCGUGAGACGGUGUCAUCUUCCUCCAUUUUUGUUUGUGUUUUUGUUUUUGAAGGGUAACUUUUGAGGAGUCACUUUUGAUUUUACAAGUUUAUAAAGAAAAGUGAACAGCUGACUGUCCUCGGGAAAAAAGUCUAGUACUUUGUAUUUUGAAUAUAUUUUGAUCACUGCAUGCCAUAUAAAUGCAACAACAGUCAUAUAGAGGGGGGGGGGGACUGGUCACUUAACAAAAAAAAUAAAUCCUAUUAAAUUUGUGUAGCGUGUAAGCCUGUCAUAUAUCCAUUAGCUAUAUUAACUAUAUUUGUGCAAAAAUUAGCUUAGGAAACUUUUACGAUUCUUGCAUAUAGAUUUGUUACUGUUCUAUUUAUUAAUUUCUUUGGUUUAUCAAAUGAUUAUGCAAUGUAAUAUAGUCUGGACUGAU